CAUGUCUCCUCCUUCGCCAUCCUCCUCCCUGCUGUGUUGGUGUCCUGCUCGCACGCCGCCCUGGACUCUAGUGCUCGCCUAUUGACUGCCUCCGUGUGUGAGUGUGUGAGCGUGAGUGUGUGUGAGCGUGAGCGUGUGUGUAAGCUCAGCUGUGCUCAUGUUCACCUGCCAACACAACCUCUGCUGAUAGCGACAUGUUUCGACGCACAAAAAGUUGCAGGACGAGCAACAGGAAGAGCCUCAUCCUGACCAGCACCUCCCCCACCCUGCCGAGGCCCCACUCCCCACUGCCAGGGCACAUAGGAAGCAGCCCAUUGGACAGCCCUCGCAACUUCUCACCAAGUGGACCCGCCCACUUUUCCUUCGCUUCUUCCAGAAGGCCUGAUGGACGCAGAUGGUCCCUGGCUUCCCUGCCUUCCUCAGGGUAUGGCACCAACACUCCCAGUUCCACGUCGUCCAGCUCGUCCCAGGAGCGUCUGCACCAGCUGCCCUUUCAGCCCACCAUGGACGAGCUGCACUUCCUGUCCAAGCACUUCGGCAGCACAGAGAGCAUCACGGACGACGACGGCGGCCGCCGCUCGCCGCAUGUCCGUCCUCGCUCCCGCAGCCUCAGCCCGGGGCGCUCGCCCUCCUGCUACGACAAUGAAAUAGUGAUGAUGAACCAUGUGUACAAGGAGCGCUUCCCCAAGGCCAGAGCUCAGAUGGAGGAGAGGCUGGCGGAGUUCAUCCACAACUACUCCCCAGAGAGCGUUCUGCCGCUGGCCGACGGGGUCCUCAGCUUCAUCCAUCACCAGCUGGCCGAGCUGUCCCGGGAUUGCCUGACCAAAUCGCGGGAGGGCCUCAUCAGCAGCGUUUACUUCUGUGAACUUCAGGAGAACCUGGAGAAGCUCCUGCACGACGCCUACGAGCGCUCGGAGAGUUCUGAAUUGACCUUCGUCAUCGAGCUGGUCAAGAAGCUCUUCAUCAUCAUAUCUCGUCCUGCCCGGCUGCUGGAGUGCUUGGAGUUUAACCCGGAGGAGUUCUACCACCUCUUGGAGGCGGCAGAGGACCACGCCAAGGAGGGCCAGCUGAUGAAGGCGGACAUCCCUCGGUACAUCAUCAGCCAGCUGGGGCUCACCAGGGACCCGCUAGAAGACAUCGCCAGCCUGGACAGCUACGACAGCGAAGGUCCGCACACGCCCGAGACGGAUGACUCCACAGAGGGGAAGGCGAGGGCCAUCAAGCCGCCAAGCGAGGAAGACUUUCAGAGCAUCAAACUGAUCAGCAACGGAGCUUACGGGGCGGUCUACCUGGUGCGCCACAGGGAGACCCGUCAGCGCUUCGCCAUGAAGAAGAUCAACAAGCAGAACCUGAUCCUGAGGAACCAGAUCCAGCAGGCCUUUGUGGAGAGGGACAUCCUCACCUUUGCCGAGAACCCCUUCGUGGUGUCCAUGUUCUGCUCCUUCGAGACGCGCCGACACCUGUGCAUGGUGCUGGAGUACGUGGAGGGUGGGGACUGUGCCACCUUGCUGAAGAACAUCGGGGCUCUCCCUGUAGAACUGACCCGCAUGUACUUUGCCGAGACCGUCCUGGCCCUGGAGUACCUGCACAACUACGGCAUCGUCCACAGAGACCUCAAACCUGACAAUCUACUGAUCACCUCCAUGGGACACAUCAAGCUGACAGACUUUGGCUUGUCCAAAAUGGGCCUGAUGAGCCUCACCACCAACCUGUACGAGGGCCACAUCGAGAAGGACGCCAGGGAGUUCCUGGAUAAGCAGGUGUGUGGCACGCCCGAGUACAUCGCCCCCGAGGUGAUCCUCCGUCAGGGCUACGGCAAGCCUGUGGACUGGUGGGCCAUGGGCAUCAUCCUCUACGAGUUCCUGGUGGGCUGCGUGCCUUUCUUUGGAGACACACCUGAGGAGCUGUUUGGACAGGUCAUCACAGAUGACAUCGUCUGGCCUGACGGUGAGGAGGUCUUACCUGCAGACGCUCAGGCCCUCAUCUCCACCCUGCUGCAGACCAACCCCCUCGUCAGGCUGGGCACAGGCGGGGCCUACGAAGUGAAGGAGCACCCCUUCUUCACGGAGCUGGACUGGAACAGUUUGCUGCGCCAGAAGGCGGAGUUCAUCCCUCACCUGGAGUCUGAGGAGGACACCAGCUACUUUGACACGCGCUGCGACCGUUACCACCACAUCAACGCCUACGACGGGGACGACACCAACGACGACGAGCCGGUGGAGAUCAGACAGUUUUCCUCCUGCUCGCCUCGGUUCAGCAAGGUGUACAGCAGCAUGGAGCACCUCUCCCAGCUGGAGCACAAGGCUUCCACCUCCGUGUCUCGCCGGGAGCACAAGGGCCCCAGGGAGGACAAGGUGACCAAGAGGGAGAGCCUGGGAAGCUUCAGCAUGAGGGACAAGAGCUGGAGGACCGGCUCCCCCGAAAUGAAGCGCCUGUCCUGCUCAGAGUCGCUCUACAUGGACGGGGACGCCAGUCCUCCACUCGGCGCUCGGCGGCGCUUCUCGGCUUUGAUGGACACGCAUCGCUUCGCCUCGCCCAUGGAGGGUGAGUCCGACUUCCUGACCAGGCAAGCCCCCUUCAAGGUCCGGGGAACCUCCCUGGACGGGGCCGGCGCUCCGUCCGCCAACCUCGGGGAGCCGAGGAACAGUCUGAGAGAGGUCAACGGAGCAGACAAGUCCCCCAGGCAGGGAGACACACCAGGAGUGACCAUCAGCACGUCGGCACCAGCUCCGGCGCCAGUGACCCGUGACGUGGUGACGGCGCUCUGCGACCCCCUGGGGCCCCGGGCCACCAACGACCUGGUCCUGCGGAGGGCCCGUCACUCGCAUUUGUCCGGCGACGGAGAGAAACGGACCUCCAGAGCUGGCAACAAGGUCAUCAAAUCCGCCUCGGCCACCGCCCUGUCCGUCAUCAUACCGUCUGUGGACCAGCAUGGUGGUUUCUCCCCGCUGGCCAGUCCCAUGUCGCCUCACUCCUUCUCCUCCAAUCCGUCCUCCCGCGACUCUUCUCCCAGUCGGGACUUCUUCCCCACGGUGAGCGUGCUGCGCUCCCCCAUCACCAUCCACCGCUCGGGGAAGAAGUACGGCUUCACCCUGCGGGCCAUCAGGGUCUACAUUGGGGACAGCGACAUCUACAGCGUGCACCACAUAGUCUGGCAUGUGGAGCAAGGCGGCCCCGCCCAGGAAGCUGGUCUGUGUGCAGGUGACCUCAUCACUCAUGUCAAUGGAGAGCCUGUCCAUGGUCUGGUCCACACCGAAGUGGUAGAGCUCAUCCUUAAGAGCGGCAAUAAGGUGACGGUGACAACCACGCCGUUUGAGAACACGUCCAUUAAAGUGGGUCCAGCUCGCAAAGCCAGUUAUAAAUGUAAGAUGGCCCGCAGGCACAAGAGGACCGUGGGCAAGGACGGACAGGACAGCAAAAAGCGGAGCUCUCUGUUCCGCAAGAUCACCAAGCAGUCCAACCUCCUGCACACCAGCCGGAGUCUAUCCUCUCUGAACCGCUCGCUGUCCUCCAGCGAGAGUCUACCGGGCUCGCCCACCCACAGCCUCUCGGCCCGGUCUCCGACUCAAGGAUACCGCUCCUCUGCUGAGCCCUCCUAUCUGGGUGCUUCGUCUCAAAGCAGCUCUUCACCGUCCAGCACCCCAAACUCACCCGCUCCCUCCCAGCACAUGAGACCCAGUUCCCUCCACGGCCUCUCCCCCAAACUCCACCGCCAGUACCGCUCCGCCAGAUGCAAGUCGGCGGGCAACAUCCCCCUAUCCCCUCUGGCCCACACCCCCUCGCCCACCCAGUCUUCGCCUCCUCCGUUACCGGGACACACCGUCGGGAGUUCCAACACCACCCAGACUUUCCCGGUCAAGCUCCACUCCUCGCCCCCGGUCGUCCGCCCCCGGCCAAAGAGUGCGGAGCCCCCGCGGUCGCCCCUUCUGAAGCGUGUGCAGUCGGCGGAGAAGCUGGGCUCGCCUUUGACCCAGUCCAGCACCACCGGAGGACUCGGGGGUCCGUUGAGGAAGCACAGCCUUGAGGUGCAGCACUCCGAGUACCGCAAGGACGCCUUCCUGUGCGAGCUGGGCCUCCAGAGCCUGCUGGAGACAGACGGGGAGAGUCUACCUCCGAACCCCCCACCCCUGCCGAGUUCAGCAUCCUCCACGGGUUCGGAGACCCGCGUGCUGAAGCCUGUGAGAAGAUUGGGCAGGCAAGAGUCGCCGCUCAGCAGGGAGACUCUGCUCAUGGCUGGCAGAGAGAGGGACGAGAAGGAGCGAGGAAGAGAGACCGGAAGUGAGACGGUCCUGGAGAGGCUAAGCCGCUUUGAAGCCGCUGCCGCCCAGACAUCUUUGGCGAGAAAGCCUCAUGCAGAGCCCUUGGGUUCAACAACUGCUUCGAGCACUACUACCAAAACAGGAGAGGGGGCUGAGAAGGUCCCCCAGCGCCCGACUCCAAAACAACUCGACCUCAAGGCAGCCAAAUGUGUUCUCUCUGACUUUAAAACACACCACAAAGCAGGGGGAAGGGAACCAAAGCAGGAGGGAGACCUUAACAACGGUCCUAGUUUACUGUGUGCUGCGUUCAACAAGAACUCGGCCACACCUCCGGACAAAAACAUCAUCAAGACACUGACUGCGAGUCCGCUCGCUAUGCGGAAAGUCUUUAAACCCUUUGGUAUGGGGGACGGCUUGAGAAAAACCGAGAGCGGUGAUUCAAGGACUUCAGACGUAGCCUCCAAGAGCCCCAAACUGCCAGUUCGGGUCCUUGCCCCCGCCGUGCCCCCGCACGGACAGCCGCUGACUCUGGGCAAAGUGAGGCAAGGUCUGGGGGCGGUCAACUGCUACCGGGGGACGCUGGACUGGGAGGACAAGUGUCGCCUGGAGGUCCUGGAGGAGCAUUCGCCCUCGCCCUCUCCCUCCCCGACCGGCGUCACCCCCUCCCUGUGCGGACCCUCCCUCUGCAAGUCACGCCCCGUCUCCCCCGGAGACAAGACCAGCUUUGUCAGCCAGCUGACCACCGUGGCCAAGAACGUGCUGGGCCCCAUCAAGCUGGGCUCCCAGGAGGGCUCCAAGAGCAAAGAGCAGCAGACUAAGGCGGCGGACGAGAAGCAGGCGACAGCGGCAGGGAGGCACGACCUUCCCGCGGGGAGUCGAGGGCUGGCGGCGACCAAAGGCUCUGGGACUUCCUCCCUGGAGAAGACCACCUCGGGUGCCCACCAGCCCAAAAUAUGACAGAAAUGCCUUUCUUGGAUGCAACAGGAGUGGAGCACUUAGAACGUUGUACAUUCCAGUUUUAGAGUUUAUCAAAUCUUAUUUAUUGAUUCCAGUCGUUGACUCAGUCGACCUUGAAGCAGGAGUUGGAACAAUCCACCACAACUUUGGACCUUUUAAUAAGAAGAUUCUUCAUGUCUUGUGGAACACUUCACGUGUGAUUCGAGUGUGAGUGGAUGCAUGAGAGACUGCAGGGGUGUCCAAACUUCUCCACUUGGGGGUCCAAACUUCUCCACUUGGGGGCUGCAUUGAGCUCAAGAAAUUUGGCUCGGGGGCCGAAAGCCAACUGCACGUAAAAUAACAAUAUAUAUAUAUAUAUAUAUA